AUGCACACAUGCUCAAGUAUUAAUAAAUAUCUUCAUUCCACACACAGGAGUAAACCUUGCAUUUUACAAGGUCUUUUCAAAAUGCACGAAUUAUUUGAGAUGCCAUACUCAAAACCAGCUUCUAUACAUAUUUCUAAUCCUGAUGUAACGAGAUCACCAUCAAGUGAAGAGUUACAAAUGGUUAAAGAUAUGAGAACAGUUGUUCCAACAUUAGAUGAUGUUGAUGAUAUGUAUAUUUUAAGAUGGUUACGUUCUAAAGAUGGAAGAUUUGAUGAGACAUCAGAAGGAUUGAGGAAAAAUGUAUUAUUUAGAAAAGCAUGGCAAUUAAAUAAUAUUAAUGAAUGGGUUCCACCAGAAUGUUUAGAAAAAUAUUGUGGUUAUGGAUUUUUGGGUGAUCGUGAUGGAUAUCCUAUUUUAAUGUCAUUAUUAGGUAAUAUGGAUGUUGAUGGAAUGUUAAGAUCAGUUCAAGCAGUUGAUUAUAUUAAAUUUUCACUUGCUGCUAUUGAAAAAGGAAUUCAAUUAGCUGAUAAUAAAGCUAAAGAGGCAGGAAAAGCUUUUGGUCAAAUGAUGUUAGUUUUUGAUCUUGAUCAUAUCUCAUCAGCACAUUAUUCAUGCAAACGUUUUGCCUCUUCAUUUACAACACUCGUUUUACUAUUUCAAGAACAUUACCCAUUAGUUUUAAAGAAAGUAUUAAUUAUACGUGCUCCUGAAAUGGCACGUGUUGCCUUUAGAUCAAUGACCCCAUUUUUAUCACAAUCAAUUCUUAAUCUUAUUGACAUGCCAGGAGAAGAAUCAUGGCAAAAUGUAUUAGAAAAUUAUGUCAAUAUAGAUUCAUGGCCUAUGCAUUGGGGUGGUAAGAUGGUAGAUGAUAAUGGUGAUCCAAAAUGUCCACAAAUUGUUAGAUAUGGAUUAGGACCAAUUCCUGAUUCAUUCCAUAUUGACCCUGAUACUGCUAUGCCUGACUAUGAUCAACUUACUACUGUAUAUGCUGGCGACAAACAUCUUAUAGAUAUUUCAACAAAGAAGAAAAAUACAAAAAUUGCAUGGCAAUAUAUGACAGAAGAAGAUGAUAUCGGAUUCGCUAUUUAUUAUGAUGAAACAUCUAGUAAGAAUAAUUUAAGUGAGAUGGAUGCUGUUUAUCCUUAUAUACGUCUUGAAUGUAGUUUAGUUCCAAUAUCUGGUUCCUUUAUUUGUGAACGUCCUGGAAGAUAUAUUAUUGAAUUUGACAAUUUUUAUUCAUGGUUUAGUCCAAAACAAUUAAAAUAUACAAUAGAUAUAAUUGAUGAUGACUGUGACAAUUAA